UAUGGGAGCAAAGCCCUGGCUUCACCAUGUCCAUGGGCUUUCAUCCCGACUCCAGAAGACGAGAUUCAGCUGUACCGUCGUAAACCGCGCAGGCGAUCCGGCAACAACGUCCGGCUGUUGGGCGCCAUUCGAGUCAAUACCCACUGUCACUCCAUCCUACGUCCGACUUUCCGAACUCACUCUUUGCGAUGUUGUAUUCACGAACAAGACCGAGCUCAUACGGCUCGUCCACAAUUUCCCCACGCUCUCCGAUUGCUAUUUCGAGCGACUCACCUUCCUUGACCCGUCGCCAGCUGUCCGCCCACGCAGACCACGCAGGCGUUCUCCACCGGCCUAUCGCUCCUUCCGAUGUGGGAUAGAAGAUUGUAAAGAUAUGGUGACUCCCACUCAAGCGGCACUUGCUGCAGCCAUCGUAGACCCUGCCCGCCGUAUGGGCCUUGAUCGCCGCAUAUGGGACACGGCCCUCCAGGGACUGCUUGCGUUGGUACCGAGGGUACCCGGAUGGGCAGACGUGUCUCUGGAUGGCGAUAUGCCUGGUAGCUAUUCUAAUUCAUGCAAAUAGU